AUGGGGAAGAAGAAGAAGGUGAUUCUCCCUCCUAGUCUUCCUCCCGAGGUCAGGGAGGAGGAAAUCGAGGUGUCCGAUGAGGACUUGGAGUUUGUCCGCGGUAAUAAGGACUUUGCGAGUUUUCUUACUCGCCUGGACACAAAAUCUAUUGAUAGGUGCGCGGCAAUUUGUUCCCCCUUUUCACCUUACUCGACGCUCUUUAACUGCUCACACGCCACGCUUUAGCUUAGUUUCGUUGCAACAUGAUUCUUCCACUUCAAAAACCUUCUAAUCGAAUACAUACUUUCAAGGUUUAGUUGGUUUUGAAAGGACAGGUUUUUCUCUGUUCCAUCGCUCUGUUUCUCUCUCUGUGAUUUAUGUAUUAUCUCCACGCAUUUAUAUGAGUUUAAGAUGAUGGAGUAUCUCUGAAAAUUACCCAGAUUAUUGGUCACGGAGGAUGAUAGGCCCCUAUGGUUCGUAUCCUUCAAGGGAUCAUCCCUAAAGGGGAAGACUGUUUGACUUGUGAUUGAUAAGUUGGUCCCGAUGCAUGUACCAAGCUUGAGAACUAUUUCAUCCAUAGUUGAUGAAAAAGGGUUAGCUAUAAAAAAAUUUAUUUUUUCCCAUUCUCUGGAACACAAAUUUGAUCAAUGAUUUCUAUUUGUGCCAAUGUUUAUGGAUUUUUUUAUGUAUUAUGCAUUACUUUCCCUUUUCCGUGAUUAUCAAAUUUGUAAAAUAAUGAGUAGGAAAUGGUCAAUUUGCAAAAUAAUCAAUUUCUAAGUAAAAAUCUGUUUCAGAGGCAACCUAGUCUUAGAUAAUAAAGGGACACUCGUGUUUUUUGUUCAGACAUUGAAAGCACGGUACAAUUCACUCGGUCUUAUUCUGUGGAUGGCAUGACGUAAGGGGUUUCCAAUGAUAGUCUUUGUUGGAAAUAUCAUGAUAGUUCUGUGACUAAUGUAGGCAUAUUUUUUAAAUAAGUAAUGAUAUUCCAUUUCAAAAUUGGUUGCAAAAGCAAAUGAACAUCAAGCUCACUACCUUGCCUUUAAUGUUGAUGAACCACUUGACUUGCUCUUAUACUUUAUCUGUUGGCAGUAUAGGCGUAGUUUCUUGAAUUGAGAAUGAAUAUGUGGAAUGCAUCUUUAGUGUGGAGACUGGGUGAAAUUAGCAUAUGUUUUGAUCAAUUAAGCCAUUAAAUGAUUAUUUUGCAAAGAAAGGACUUUUCUAUGAUUGAAGCAGAUGCACAUCACCCAGGAAAUUCAAUCGAAUUUUAAUAGGGAUUGCUCAUGCUGAGUUCAGUCGAACAUCUACGCAGGAUAUGAACCUUUUUGAGACAGAAUGGUGUUGGACUAGUAACCCAUCAUAAUUUUGACCGAGUUGUAUUGAUUUUGAAUUUUCUUGUGGUGAGUCGAGUUAUUAUAGGCAUGAUGACAACCACUUUGUAAGAAUGGAAAAAAAAUCCAGUGCACCUUGGGAUUAUUAGGUGCAUCUGAUGUAACUUGACUGUACAUGAAGAACAAAAAGGAAUAUUUAUUAAUAUAUAAAUUCACUAUUUGUAGAAGGUGCCUAAUAGAGGUGGGAGGCUGUCAUAGAACUUAGAUAAUAAGAAAAUAACGUAUGAAAUUAUACGAAUCAUUUGUAAUAGGGUGUAGGAAUGGAAAGAUCUGAUCCAUGCUGCAUUUUUCAGUAUGGAACAUAUUAGAUGAUUUAAUUGGAACUCGAAAGAUGGGUUGCAUUGGUAGGGCUCUGCUAUGUGGGAUUGUGCGAAUCAUUUGUAUCUUGCUUAUUUUUGGUACUAGAAAUUCAUUAUCCCACUCUUCUAAGGAAAUCUAAGGAUCACAAAUAAUACGGGAGCAUGUUACAAAUAGUCGGGCAUUGCAUGCUGCACCAGAUAUAUAUUUUAAAUGGCUCUUAUUGCUUAGAAUGUGGCAGAGCUGGGCAUUUGCACAAUGGCUGUUCACCACUAGGAGAAGGCUGAUGUAAGGGUUCCCGUGAUACGCCAACGAUUGAAAUAGGACAAGUAUCUUGUCUAUUUAUUUUAAAUUGAAUAAGUAAUUAUAAAGUACAGUAUAAAAUAUGAAAAUGAGUAGACAUCUGAGUUUAUAUUAACAAAACUCAGUUGAUGUGCCACAUGUCUGUAAUAUUUUUUAAUAAUACAGUAAGACCAUGAUCUUCCAGACUGAGGUGAAGAAAUAGAUCAGGAAGAAGAUCCUUACGACGAAGAUGAAUGCUGUGCACUUAAAUUUUAUACCGAUCCCGGAACUUGAAGACAUAUAUCCUAUCUUAGGUAUUCCGACAAAUCAUCACUCAUAACCAUAAGAUUAGAGACUUGCCUCUGUCUCUAGUAGCCUAAGCCUGAUCCUACUUUGAGGGUACAGCAGGUCUAGGUAUUCUUCUUCUUUUUCAUCUGAAGGAGUGUAGAUUUAGCUUUAACAACUUUCACUAGCGCUUGGCUAGUUACCGAAACCCGACAAGAUUCUCUGCACACCCGAGUCGUGGUCAAUCUAAAGAUAGAGCUUUAUCCCGAUUGACCAGAAAAAAUGCUAGGAUGCUCUGUCUUUUCAUCCUUCUCUUGAAUCGGUUUUCUUCUUUCGCACAGUAUUACUACAUGUGAUUCCUAUUUUUCUGAUGUGUUCUGCGUCUUGUGCUUUUCAAAUCUCCAAGGGAGUUGGGUCAGUGAGAAUACUCUUGCCAUGACUAUUGAGGUGGGAAGCCACCUCUAUUGCUCUCAGAUACUCCAUUUUUACAUCUUCUGAGUCGUCGGUAUUUGUAUAAAAUGGUCAUGAAUGACGUCUCUUUAAUACAAUAUUACAUUUGCCAAGCCUAAAGUUUUAUAUUAGUUUUAUAUUCGUUGAUACUAAGUUCAUGUGAUUCUAUGACUAGGCCAAAAGUACGUAUGCUGACUAGGCUUGACUAGGCUAUGGGGAAUCAGUCGAAUCUCAAUUUAGACAAGGAUCCUCAGUCCCCCAAUCUCUCUCUUUUUCGUAUAUAGAUGGGUUGAGGGAGAGAUUCUGAUGACCUCAGAAUGUACAAUAGUAUACCUCAAAAUCAGAUAGUGUCCGCCAAUUUGGAGUCAUGAGCUGUCUGGAAUUACCGAACACAAUAUCGAUUCUAGCUGAAUCUUUCAAGAACCAGAUGAUCCACUCAGAUUAGCCAGUUUAUAAAUAGAUGGGCACAAUUACUGUAUAUAAUGGAGUCUAAUGGUCGAGUACUAAAUGGCAUAACACUAUUUGAAUGGGUGUUUUUUGGAAGGCUGUUGGUGCACCCAUUUCUCCCUAUGCAGACUUCCAUCUUUAAUGCCAUACACUGCUCUCUUAUAUGUACUAUUAUUUCGCGGACCAAGAUUCCUCUGUACAUUGAAGAGUUGUGAAGGAGACCGCUUGGUACCUGUUCUUAGCUGUGAAAUCUUUAACUGGUAAUUAAUUGUACCUAGAGUACCAAUAAUGCAUUUCAAGUUGGAUUUCUGAUGUUUUUUUUUUUUUUCUGACUGGUGGAAGUCCCUUUGUCAGUGUUUCAAUCCCAUUCUUGCUAUCUUCCGGUUUAAUGUUGGUGAAAAAGGAUAUGCAGAGCAUUUAGAGAACAUAAGGACGCUCUUAAGAUUAUUUCAGUCAGUCAGUUGAUUGGAAUAUCCAUAGAAACAUUCCGGCUCCUGGGAUUUUUAAGCCGCUGAGGAAAGAUAUUUGUAAGAGCUAAGCUUUUAGUGUCUAUCAUGUCAGGUAGUGUGCUUGCUUACCUUGGUAAGUUCCACUGAUUGGAGCUAAGUGCACCUCCAUUAUUUAUUUAUUUUGUCCUUGUUUAGUGCUUUGUGAUUGUUGGCCCAGAAAAAAAGGAUCUCGUCUAUCACAUUGUCACAAUUUGAUACCCUAUGAUAUGGUCUACAAUUCUAAACUUUCGCUGUUAAUAUAUUUGUCAUUUAUUCACAUUAUAACAUCCUACUAUUUCUUCUGUUUGUAUAUCAUGACGAUAAUUCUAGUUGGGAUUAGGUGAAUUGUGUGACUGUGAUGAAUGUCGGCAUACUAUGACCCAGAAUGGAUUUGGAACUAACAAGUUUUUCUUUGUCAAGUUCAUAGUUCUCAAUUGUGUGAUUGAUAAUGCUGAAUUCCUCUUGGUAGGCAUGUUACACGGGUUGCUGAUCAAAAGGAAGAUGACUUGGAAAAGUUGUAUGAGAAACGGAACAAAAAGUUAUCCCUUCAGAAGCCAGCAGAUGACAAUCUUCUCGAGAUCGAUCCUGUUGAUGCACUCCCAGUUAAGACUUUGGAUGGACAACUUUAUUACCGGGCAGGUAUACUCUUAAUCCAUUUGCAGAGUUAUCAUAAUGAUGCCUACAAUGUAAGCUUAUCUUCUAUUCCUAAUUUUGUGGUCAUGGCUGAGGGCGACGAUUAUGAUAUUGUUACAAUCCGGAUUAUUUGAUCGGAAAAGUUAAUUUCCUAUUUUCAAAACUGCUUCUAUCCAUCUCCAGAUAGCAAUAGUCGCAGAUAGUGUAGUAUGCCUUGUCCAAUUUCUAUGUUGGUCGUGCAUUUCUAAUGACCUUGCCUACAGCUGAGACAAAAUCUGAAAAACCUAAAGAGGAAGAGGAAGCAGAAACUGCCGCUGUGAACAAGGCCGACGGUGAUGAUAAAGGUUUUGUGAAGCUCACAAAGGCAGAACGAAGAGGAAAAUUGAAGAAAAUGAAGAAAGAGGCGAAAAGGCAGGCUGAGGAAAGUGUAGACGAGGCGCCAGCAAAUCUUCACGCCGCUGUGCUGGUACUUUUCUAGUUCUUUAACUGCUUAAGUUGGUACAUAAAAUUUUGCAUGUAUUCCUUGUUAUAGUUUGCUAAUAAACUUCUGUUCUCUACUCAAAUACCAUUUUAUGGUGUACAUUGUCUAUUAGCAUUUUCUGCUGAUUUUUCUUCAUUAACUUAAAAUAUUAUUUCGAAUUGAAUUCUUGAGUCAACUAUGAUUGAAAAUGUUCCAUGAGGCAAUGAAUGAAAUGCUAGCACGUUCUAUUCGAUGUAGAUUGUGCUGUUCACAUUCAAACGGGUAAAAUGGCAUCGGACGGUCGAUUCAUCUGCUUAUUUCUUCUGAUUUCCAACUAUUCCCGCUUCUCAUGUGACUAUUUAAUAUUAUCUCAUUUCCUACUGCUAUAACGCCGCUCUUGGACAGAAGUUUUUGUAUUUCACUUGAGACACAUCAUGUAGCGGUUGUAACAAUGGACUGAUCUUUUUUUUUUUUUUGUAGACCGGGAGAACAGCAGAUAAUAAUAUAGGGGCAUCUAUUAUCUCACAUUCCUGUUAUAUGAUACAUUUUUCCUCUUUUUCUCGUUCGAAACUUGAAGAACGUUUUUUUUCUCAAAAACCUUGUAAUUGGAUCAGGCUUCCACACAAAGCUAGUGCCAGGAUUUCCCUCGCCAUUCAUUGAGGGGUUAAUAUUUAAUCUUGAGGGAUUAAUUCCUUCUCCCCGACUUUGUUGACUUUCCGUUGAUCUAUUGGAAUGAUAUAGAAAACCAUGCUUCCAGUGUAAAUCCAUAGUGUUUGUAGAAGUGCAUCUUAUGUGAUAUUACACUUUUCCUGGUUCCAGAUGCACUAUUUAUCUCUUUAUGCUUUGCUUUAUUGCUUGUGUGUUUCCUUUAGGCAAAGGUAGAGGAGGACCUCUCUGUUGAAGAAGUAUUUGUAAAAAAGAAGAAUAAACUGGCAGAGAUCGGAAUAUCACUGCUUGAAGAUCCUGAAUCAAAUAUCAAAUCUCUGAAGGAUCUGCUGCAAUUCUGUAACGACAAAGAUCACAAGGUGGUUAAGCUGGGGCUACUUUCUUUGUUGGCUGUCUUCAAAGAUAUCAUUCCCGGGUAGGUCUUUGAUUUUGUCCUAGAUUUUAUCUUUUCUAGAAUCUUGCUUUGUGCAUGCACUUUUUAUUUGUUGGUAUAAUACUUCCAUUGAUUCUAAGAGACAUGUUACAGAUAUCGAAUCAGGCUACCGACUGAAAAGGAACUAGAAAUGAAAGUAUCGAAAACUAUCAGGAAGAUGAGGUUUUAUGAAUCUACCCUUCUGCAUGCAUAUAAGGUCUGAUUUUCUCACCAUGUGCCUGAUGUUUAUUAGUUAUCUACUGUAUGAUUUACCUUGAUGUUGGCACCUACCUCGCCCUUCGUCUCUGGUGAUCUUCCAUCAUGUUCAGUGUUUAGACCAGAAUUUUAACUUUAUGAGAUCAUACUUUAUGUUGAUAAUCUAUGGCUUCAAUUUGUUUCCAUAUACUUCUUUAAGUGUUUUCUUUACUGCCCAUUGCUGAUAAUCUAAUUUAUACUCUCUUUUUAUGUAGCAAUAUCUUCUUAGGCUGAUGACACUGGAAAAAGAGCCUUCCUUUAAGGUUGUAGCUGUUCGUUGCAUGUGUAAUUUGCUGGAUGCUGUUCCACAAUUCAACUUUAGUGGGAACCUUCUUUCUGGCGUUGUGAAAAAUAUAAGCUCUUCAGAUGACGUGAUAAGGUUUUUCCCCUUCUAUCCUAACCUGUGAAGCAUCUCUUGGUCUUGCAUGCUGCUUGUGAGCAUGGGGGAAAAAGGGUCUGAUUGAUCAUAUUUCAUUCAUGUCGACAGUAAUCAGUUUUCUUCCGAUAAACUGAUAACUGGAAGAAAAUUGAUACUCCCCUAAGCACCACAUGACUCUCAAUCUUCUCUGUUUAUGAAAUGUUCAAAGAGUAUGAGAAAGUGGGAUACGGUAGCUGUUGGAAAGUUUAAUUUUGUGUGAUGGGUUCAAAGAAUUGGUGAUAAUUUUUGUAAUGCGGAAGGGAACAAACCUGCUAUUUUGGGUAGAUUCGGCUAGCUACUAUAAUGAUCUACCAUAUCUUGAGAUCUCAUAGAAAACAUCUAUAUCCCUCCCUCUUCUCUUAUUCUUGAAAAGUAUGCCUGUACUACCCACUUUCGGGUGAAAAAAAUAAUAGAUGAGGAGAUAUUGACGAGGAGAUUUCAAAGAUCUUGGUACUUGUGCAGUGAAAAUAGUGAUUGCUUAGCAUACUGGAUUGCAGUGCUGUUUCUUUCUGGAAUUGCUGACUUUCGUUUUCUCAUAGGAAAGUCUGUUGUGACUCUGUGAGAACACUGUUUGGUAAUGAGGGUAAACAUGGAGGGCAAGCAACUUUGGAUGCUGUUCAGCUGAUAUCCAAUCAUGUGAAGGUGAAUGAUUGUCAGCUUCAUCCUGAUUCUGUCGAGGUAUAGAAAAUUUGGCAUCUCAAUUCUACUUUUAGUUCACAUUGGUUGCAUAUCCCUGUUUGAUUAGUAGCUUACUACUCUAAUAUUGGAGAUUCGAUGAAAUAAACUAUUUAAAUGAUCUCGUUCAAGUUAACAUGGACAACUAUCUUUUAUUACAUUAUUGCUCCCAACAUGUACAUUUCAGGUUUUCUUGUCCCUGGUCUUUGAUGAGGAUCUGAGAAGAUCUGAGCCGAAGGAGGAAGAAAAAGUCAAACCAAAGAAGAAAAAACAAAGAAAAAAUGACGAGAAAGAAAAUCAAUUAUCUGGGAAUGGGAGAAAGAUGAGCAAACAGGAAUUGGUGACCAAGACUAGAGAAGAAGUAUGCUUUCCAUUAACCGCCCACUGAUCUGGGUUUAUUGAUCAUUUCAUUACUUCAGUCAUGAUUUUGAGAGUUUAAAUGCCUUGUGCAGGUCAAUGCAGACCUUAAGUCAGCCUCCUUUGUUCCCACUCCUGAGGAGAGGAGAAAGAUUCAGACUCAAACACUUGCUGCUUUAUUUGAGACAUAUUUCCGAGUUUUGAAGCAUACUAUAGAUCCUGGUGUCACCAGGUACGUACGGUAUAAUUUUUCUUUUUAUGGGCAAUAUCUAAUACUUUUCCAUCCUGAAGAUAAAAUGUCUGCGCUUAACUAUUCCUAUUUCAAGAAGGGUUCCCUUUUGUGAAAGCCAAGGGAACUGCAAAAGAGAGAAAAUUGAGCUUUGAACCAACCCACAAAUUAAAUGUCAACUAUUCUCCUGGGUGUUAUCCUUUUGGCGUUCUUGAAGCUAUGAUGGGUUAACAUUUGCUCCACUGCUGUUUCAGGUCGAAUGCCAGCUCAUUCUCAUCCGAUUCCUCUGCCUCUCACCCGCUGCUUGCUCCAUGCCUGAAAGGAUUGGGCAAGUUCUCUCACUUGAUUGACUUGGAUUUCAUGGGCGACAUCAUGGGUUGCCUAAAAAGGCUUACAGGCCUCAGUGGCGGCCAGGAUUCCUCUCCAGGAAGCCGUCUGUCCGUCUCUGAACGUCUCCAAUGCUGCAUUGUGGCAUUCAAAAUAAUGAAAAAAAAUCUCGACGCUCUGAAUAUAGAUCUGCAGGAGUUCUAUGCCCACCUUUAUAAUCUUCUGAUCGAGUACAGGCCUGACAGGUUAGUUGACCAAAACCAUCCUAAUAAAGCGCCUACUUUUUAUUGAAGCGUCCAUAUGUUUUUGCCGUUGACCGAAUAUAUUGAUGAUUUUCGCAUGAAAGGCUGGACGAAGAGGAAAUGUUGUGUAAUUAUCCGAUCAAAUCUUACAGAAAAAAAUCCAACUCAUUAAUUGUUGGACCAUGUCAAUCUCUCAGCUUCAAACUGUCCCUAGAAAUGGGGCCUUGGAGUUUGGGUUUGACAUAGUGUAAUCAGUCCUGAAAAAAGUCAACCUGGAUGUGCUGAUGUCCCUAGCCCAUGCUGUGCUGUUUCUUGUCACUUGAGCAUAUGCUAAGUUCUGAAAUCAGGUUGACUUUUUGGGCAGAGAAGGUUGAUCUAGAUCUGCCCCGUGUGAGAAAGAAAGGGCCCAUGAUCAGGGGGAGAUUUCAGUCAGCUAAUGUCACUGAUUAUAGCAAAAACUUGAUAAUUCUCUCAUCUUUUUCAUGAUGGUUUUUUUAUACUUGUGUGUGUGCAUGUUCUUCAGCUGACUUUUGUCAACCCGAAUCAGAUUUCCUAUUAUGGUUAUAGCCAUUUCUGUUCAUCGCUAUGCUGUGAUUUGCGAGCAGGGACCAAGGUGAUGUGUUGGCAGGGGCUUUAAACAUUAUGCUGUGCGAAGGGAAGCAGCAUGACAUGCAGAGGGCUGCGGCUUUCAUAAAGCGGCUCGCCACCUUCUCUCUGUGCUUUGGACCUGCCGAGGCCAUGUCAGGUCAACCCCUUUCUAUUUCAGGAAAAAUGAAACCCCUGGAUGUGGAAUAUUUUAAUUAUUUUCUUAUAUUAUGGUAUGGUUUACGAUUUUGAAUCGAAUUUCCUCUAAUGAAUGCAGCACUGGUCACUGUGAAGCAACUGCUUCUGAAGAACUCCAAAUGUCGCAACCUGUUGGAGAAUGACUCCGGCGGUGGCUCCCUCUCUGGCCUCGUCGUGGUGAGCCCAAUGGCGGCUCCGCCCCCGGCUUAUUCCUCUUCUUCUUGAUCAUCUGUUCUAAUAAUUCAUCAUAUUCUUCUUCUUCUCCAUCAUAUUCUUCUUUAAAUUUUUUGAAUCAUCUGUUCUAAUAAAAAUCAUGUUUUUCUUCCGUAAAUGUUUCUUAAUCAUCUGUUCUAGUAAUCAUCAUUUUCUUCUUCUAUAAAUGUUUCUAAAUCAUCCGCUCUAAUGAUCAUCAUAUUCUUCAUCGUCUUCUUUAAAUUUUUCUGAAUCAUCCGUUCUGAUAAUCAUCAUAUUCUUCUUGUUUAAUUUUUUUUCUCAAUCAUCUGUUCUAAUAAUCAUCAUAUUCUUCUUCUUCUUUAUUUUUUUCUUAAUGAUCUGUUCUAAUAAUCAUCGUAUUCUUCUUCUGCUUCUUCUUCUAUAAAUUUUUCUUAAUCAUCUGUUCUAAUAAUCAUUUCAUUCUUCUUCUUCAUCAUCUUUAAUUUGUUCUCAAUCAUCUGUUCUAACCCAUGAAAUUUCUCAAUGAUUCACAGAAGUAUCAUCCCGAGGCCUCGGAUCCAAACUUGAGCGGCGCCCUGUCGUCGGUUCUCUGGGAGCUCAGUUUGCUCGCCAAGCACUACCACCCUGCCAUCUCCUCCACGAGCUCCUGGAUCUCAACCAUGGCCACAUCUCUGAACCAGGUUCAUCUCCCCACAGCUUCUCCCCAGCAGGCAUUUGCAGAGCUCUCCAUUCUCCGAGGGUCCUUCUUUCCUCCUCGCAAAUCGCCGCCAUCUUUGAACCGCAAGAGGAAGAGAGAGAAGGCGGCGCCGCCCAGUGGGUACCUGCCAGAGAACCAGGCGGCGGCGGCGGCGGCGGGCGGCGAGGAGGCGGUGAUAGAGAAGAUGGAGGAGCAUUUCACCGUGGUGAGAGACAUCGUGGAGGCUGAGAAAAUGCAGGUGGAGCUGAACAGAGUUUCGUCAUGGAUCAGUCUGUACAGAGAGUACAAGAAGGAAGUGAAGAAGAAAGAGAGUCUGAUCAAGAAGAAGAAGAGGAAAGGGGAGUCCCUCUAG